UUGUAGAUUUUUCUGGAAGUUAAUUAUUUAAAAAUGAUUUUGAAUCCAGCUAAAGCAAUUUUAAUACCAAGUAAAACAGCCUUGCUUAUUUGUGAUAUGCAAGAGAAAUUUGCCAAAGUUAUCUAUGAAUUUAACAAAAUUGUUACUCAUUCUUCAAAAUUGAUCCAAGCUUGCAAAAUAUUAGAUAUACCAAUGAUAGUUACCGAACAAUAUCCAAAGGCAUUAGGUAAAACAAUAUCAGAAUUAAAUAUAUCUGGAGCCAAAGGCCCUUUUCCUAAAACUCAAUUCAGCAUGUACACUUCAGAGGUAUGUAAAGAACUCUCUUCACUUUGCAAUAACGAACCUCCGGCAUCAAUUAUUCUCAUAGGUAUCGAGUCUCAUGUUUGCGUAGAAAAUACAGCAAUUGACUUAAAAAAAAAUGGUUUCGAAGUACAUACUGUAGCCGAUUGUUGUUCAUCUCGAACUAAAGAAGACAAAUUACUUGCUUUAGAGAGAAUGAGACAAAUAGGAUGUUUCAUUGCAUCGUCUGAAAAUAUAAUUUUUAAACUCUUAGGAGAUGCCAAACACAAGGACUUCAAACAAAUUCAAGGUUUAAUUAAAAAUAUAAAUACCGAUUAAAUUCUUAAUAUCUAUAAUUAUUACUAUAACA